AUUCAGAAAGGGUAAAUCCAUGAUGGAUCCGCUCAAACGGACCAUAUGACUAGGGGAAAAGUGUGAACAGUUCCUUUGUGUGAGACACCGACCCCUCUUAUAUGUUCUCUCAUCGGACCAGCUUUCUUUUGGUUUCUUAAUCACUACUCAGUUUGAUUGAUAUACCUCCCUCCUCAGCUCUACUCUAUUGAAUCCUUUCUAUUUUGAUUUAUCAAAGAACACCCUUUAUUAUCAAAACAAAAUGGCUUCGUGGGAUGUAAAAGGGAAGUUCGCUAUUGUUACCGGUGCCGGCAGUGGCAUUAAUCAUGCAUUUGCUGAGCAACUGCUUAAUGCUGGUUGCUCUGUGAUAUUUGCUGAUAUUACACUACGCCCCGAAGCUGAAGCGACAAUCUCCAAGUUUCCUCACCCUGCAAAGGAUGGAAACCCCUCCGCUGUGUUUCACCGAAUGGACCAGUCCGAUUGGUCCCAGAUCGCUGCUACAUGGGAUUUUGCCUUGCAGACAUUCGGUAGAGUUGAUCUGCUUUGUCCUGGCGCUGGUAUUUGGGAGCCUCCGUCGAGCGCCUUUUGGAACCCCCCUGGCAUUUCACCUCUCUCCAAAGACAACCCCAACAGUGCACCUGGUUCCUACCAUAUUCUGGCUGUCAACCUCAUGGGUCCUGUUCGAUUUGCCCAGAUCGCUAUCGACUACUGGCUGAAGAACAAGAUUGCAGGUAACCUGCUCCUGGUUGCUUCUCAGAGCGCGUAUUUACCAACUAUCGGAACACCUCUGUACAAUACAAGCAAGGGAGGCCUUACGACUUUCACUUUGAGUCUAGCGCAGAUGAAGGCUCGUCUCAACAUUCGAGUUGCUUGCAUGUGCCCAUCUACUACCUUCACUCCUGCUGUUUUGCAGGAAUACUGCAAGGACAAGGUCCGGGAGAUUGAUAUGAACAUGACAGCCACUGAAUGCGCAGAGGUAAUGCUGCGUAUAGUCACUGAGGCCCAGUAUGGUGAUGGAAACGUGGUGGAGGCUAUGCAAUUUGGAACCAAAGAGAAAUCCGAAGUCAGAGUACGCAAUGUGCCGUAUCAAUUGUUGUUACCAGAAAUCGACUUCAGUGGGGAGUUCUCUGGUAAAAAUAUCCUGGCUGAGGAGGAAAAGCUAUGGAAGAGAUUGGAGACCAAUGGUAUGGGUCCUUGAUGGUCGAAGGUUCGGCAUCAGGGGCUGCUUGUAGGUGUUAGAGAUCAAAUCUUCUACAAUCUGAAGCCUUUAGUAUCCCCGACUCCAGUUACUCUGUAUAAGUCAAAGAAAAUAACAUGUCUGCUAUCUGCAUAUAAACUAGCUGCUGCCAUUAAUUGCAGAGCUUGAAACGGAAAGAGCCC